AUGGGUGAAGAUAAAGUAGAUCGCCGCCGUAGGUCGCGGUCCCGAGAACGUCGCCGCUCACGUUCCCGGUCCAGAGAACGCCGUGAGAAAAGAAGAAGCAAGUCGAGGUCUCCAUCCAAAAGAUCACGCAGACGCAAGCCCUCUCUAUACUGGGAUGUACCACCUCCCGGGUUCGAACACAUUACACCAUUACAAUACAAGGCCAUGCAGGCAGCAGGCCAAAUCCCGGCAAACAUAGUAGCAGAUACACCACAGGCUGCCGUGCCAGUAGUAGGGUCCACAAUAACUAGACAAGCUAGAAGAUUAUAUGUAGGGAACAUACCGUUUGGUGUCACGGAAGAGGAAACAAUGGAGUUCUUUAAUCAGCAAAUGCAUCUUUCUGGUUUGGCUCAAGCUGCGGGCAACCCUGUUUUAGCGUGUCAGAUAAACUUAGAUAAAAACUUUGCAUUCCUUGAGUUUAGAUCUAUCGAUGAGACUACACAGGCCAUGGCAUUUGAUGGCAUUAAUUUUAAGGGUCAAAGUUUGAAAAUAAGGCGGCCUCAUGACUAUCAACCAAUGCCAGGAACCGAAAACCCAGCAAUCAAUGUACCUGCUGGUGUUAUCAGUACUGUAGUUCCAGAUUCACCCCAUAAAAUCUUUAUUGGAGGUCUUCCUAACUAUCUUAAUGAAGAUCAACUUAGAUUUGGCACAUUCGCGGCCCGCGUGUCACUGUUGUCUCUCAUUCUCACCUAUACGUCUUUUAAAUAUUAUGAACGAAAACCUGGCACUAUUGUAUCCGCAAAGCCUAACGAAAGUGCUGCUAUACAGGUGAAAGAACUUCUGAUGUCAUUUGGUCAGCUGCGAGCUUUCAACUUGGUGAAGGAUUCUUCGACGGGCCUAAGCAAGGGUUAUGCCUUUGCUGAAUAUGUUGACAUUUCUAUGACUGAUCAGGCUAUCGCCGGUUUGAAUGGAAUGCAGCUGGGUGACAAGAAACUCAUUGUCCAACGGGCAAGCAUUGGAGCAAAGAACUCGACAUUAGCUAUGACGGGGGCUGCUCCAGUUACUCUACAAGUGGCAGGGCUCACAUUGGCUGGUGCAGGCCCUGCCACUGAGGUGCUCUGCCUCUUGAACAUGGUUACACCGGAUGAGCUUCGAGACGAAGAGGAGUAUGAAGACAUAUUGGAAGACAUCAAAGAGGAAUGCAACAAAUAUGGGUGUGUGCGUAGUAUAGAAAUUCCAAGGCCUAUAGAAGGCGUUGAAGUGCCUGGUUGUGGAAAGGUAUUUGUCGAAUUUAACAGCAUCGCAGAUUGCCAGAAAGCUCAACAAACAUUGACAGGCAGAAAAUUCAGCAACCGUGUGGUAGUUACAUCUUACUUUGACCCUGACAAGUAUCACCGCAGAGAGUUUUAA